AUCAUAUUCUACUACAACAUCAAAAAAUUGUGACUUUCACCCAGUAAAUUGGAGGAAAAAAAUAAAGCUGUUCAACAAAGAUAAUUAUUUGCAGCUUUUACCCUGUACUGCCAUGGCAGGGGUUAAGCUUGCAAUUGCUAGUUGAUCUUCGAAGCGCGCAAAUUAUUGUCUGUUUUGUAGAUUUACGGCGCUUCUUCUGUAGUGGAUUGUUUACUGUAAGCUUUCCUAGGUUCUAAUUAUUUUGUUUUGUUUUAUUUCUGUUGCUCAAGCUUUUUGAUCUCGAAGAUUAGGGCUUUAAUCUCAGAUAGUUAUCAGGGUUUAAGAGUUAUCUGGGGGUUUGAUUAGUGCAUAUUUAUGGAGGAGAAAGGGGUAAAUAGUUCAGGUGCCACAGUGAAAAGCGACGAUGGAGCUCCUGAGAGCCUUCAGGUGGUGGGUCCGAGGAUCGAUAACCAUAGCCAGUUGAUGAGUGGAUCGGCGGCGGCAGAGACACCGGCAACUCCACCCAGCAGUGCGGCGGCGGCGCCACCUUCAGCAGAGGCGACGAAGAAGAAGAGGGGGAGACCCAGGAAGGACGCCACACUAGCCAUGGCCUUGUCUCCUAUGCCGAUUUCGGCAUCAAUUCCUCUUUCUGGAGAUUAUUCGGCUUGGAAACAGAGUAAAAACAGGCCAACUGAAUCCUCCAAGAAGAAGCAUAAGUUGGACUAUGAAAAUCCAGGGGAGCGGAUGGCAUACUCUGUUGGUGAAAAUUUUACUCCGCAUGUAAUCACCAUUAGUGCUGGCGAGGAUGUGACAAUGAAAAUAAUAUCGUUUGCACAACAAGGAUGUAGGGCUAUUUGUGUGUUAGCUGCAAAUGGUGCAAUUUCUAAUGUUACUCUUCGCCACCCUAAUUCUUCUGGUGGCACUUUAACCUAUGAGGGCCGGUUUGAGAUUCUUUCGCUGACAGGAUCAUAUACGCCCAGUGAUAAUGGGCUGACAAAAAGCAGGUCUGGUGGGAUGAGUGUCUCUCUCUCAGGCCCGGAUGGUCGAGUUAUAGGUGGAGGACUUGCAGGAAUGUUAGUUGCAGCUGGUCCCAUCCAGGUGGUGGUUGGCAGCUUUCUUCCCGGCCAUCAUUUGGAGCAGCAUCAUAAACAAGCACCCCCCAAGAAACCACACAACAACUUUGAGCAUCUUCAUCAAACACCAUCGCCAUCACUUGCUUAUGACCACACCACCCCUCAACAUUUCUCAUCCAACAACGGCUCCAUCUUUCCCCAAUGUGACAGAACUGACAUGAUGCAAUGUGGUUCUUCAAGAACAUCUGCCAAUUAAAGAUGGUAACAAAUAAUGUAUCUUUCCCAGCUCCAACCAGCCACCCCCCUCCAAAGGUCGAUAGAUGUUUGGGAAAUCUGAGGUUGGGUCACACGAGGCUCGUUUGGAUGCUACUUAUUUUCUGUAGGGCUUAUUUAUAUAUAGUGAGACGGAGAGAGCACGAGAUAGCCCAGUAGGAAAUUACUAAUCUCAGGAAAGACAAUUCUUCUGGCUAUGGCCAUUAUUAUUCUUCUGCUGCUCCUCCUGCUAAUGUAUAAACGUGUUCCUACCAUGUGCUUUGUUUUGUAUGAUUCAUGUUUCGUUAAUUUGCAAGGAACUUCUCUUUUAUCACCUAUAAAAAUGCGUUUUUAAUCA